CACCCUUAGACAUUAUCUUCUUCAUCCAUCGUGCACUUAUUUGUUUUGUGUGUCUCCUCCACCGGAGGGGCCUUGGUCUCAUUCAUCACUGUUUCUCCUUGGCACACAGUAACCAUUCAACCAGUCAGUAUUUUGCUCACGUUUGAGUCUCCGUGUCCACCUGUGUACCUGUCUUGUGCAAGUGGUUGCCCCCUGCAGGAGUAUAUGGUCGAUAGAAAAUGAAUAAUCCCCUCCCUUCUUUCCCCAAACUUGCCUCUCACCCACCUCCUCUCUUGAUUUCUGCCCCCUUCCUCUCUCUCCUGCCCAGAUACUCAGAAAUUAUUCCAAACAAUGCAGGACAGGUGGAUGACUUAAUUGGCCUGUGGCAGUCCUGUGACCACUCUGAGCUCCCCCUGAACAAACCGGAGUCAGUGAUGCACCUACACACCCUCUAAGGGGCAUGUAAGACAGACAGAGGACGCUGGAGUCAGGGGACUCUUAAAACCAAGGCCAGGCCAGGCCAGGCCCAGCUGACAAACAGGAAGUGCACAGGUAUCCAGGAGACACACCUGGUAUUCAGAUGAGGAAGACUGAGGCCUGUUGGACGUACAAAGCACAGCCCCCGCACCCUCUGCCCCCGAGCGCUCCAUGCAGGUGCCACAAGAUGGAGAGGACUUUGUGGGCCAACCCUGGUACCACGGCCCCCUGUCCCGCCAGAAGGCCGAGGACCUUCUCCAGCAAGAUGGUGACUUCUUAGUUCGUGCGUCCAAGUCCCGUGGGGGCCACCCUGUGAUCUCCUGCCGCUGGCGGGGCUCAGCCCUGCACUUCGAGGUGCUCCGUGUGGCCCUGAGGCCCCGGCCAGGCAGGCCCACAGCUCUCUUUCAGCUAGAGGAUGAGCGUUUCCCCAGCCUGCCUGCCCUGGUUCGCAGCUAUGUGAUUGGCCAGCGUCCACUGUCGCAAGCCACAGGGGCUGUGGCCUCCAGGCCAGUGCCACGGCAAGGACCAAUUCGACGCAGCUUUAGUGAGGACACCCUUCCAGACGGCCUGGCUCGCACAGAGCCGCUCAGGGAUAGGAAGCGGAGUGAUAGUCAGCCCGCAGGUUUGGAGCAUCUGUGGCGGCCACCAGAAGACCCUCCUGGACCAGGAGCCUCCACUGUACCUGCAUCUGGCCUGCCUCGGACAGGUAGUGACCCCGUGAUACUAAAGACCCCAGUUCCCUUAGAGUCAGUUGCUGACAGUCUCAGGGCCUCUGAUGGGCAGCUUCAUGCCAAGGCCCCAACCAAGCCACCUCGAACACCUUCACUGCUGCUGCCUGAUGCCUCUGGACGCCCCCCGACGUACUGUGAGCUGGUGCCCCGAGUGCUCAGGGUCCAAGGACCGCCCCCUGGCCACAGCUGCCCAGAGUCAGAGGUGCCCUGGUGGGAAGCCGAGGAGGAGAAAGAGGAGGACAGAUGUUUUGCAAGACCGCAGGCUGAGGUCUCUUUCUGUCUCCCUGACACCCCCUCCUGCCUGCUGGGGUCCCAGAAUCGGCCUCUGGAACCCGAAGUCUUGCAUACUCUCCGUGGCCUGUUCCUGGCACACCAUCCUGGGAGCACAGCUCUCCACUUGCUAUUGAUAGACUGCCAGGCCACAGGCGUCCUGGGAGUGACCAAGGCGCAGCGGGGCGCCAUGGGGGUCGCCUCUGGUCUGGAGCUGCUCACACUUCCCCACGGGCAUCUCUUAAGGUUGGAAUUGCUGGAGAGGCUCGAGACGCUGGCGUUGGCGGGGGCUCUGGCAGUGCUGGGCUGCGCAGGGCCGCUGGAAGAACGCGCGGGCGCCCUGAGGGGCCUGGUGGAGCUGGCCGUGGCGCUGCGGCCAGGGGCGGUGGGGGACCUGCCCGGACUGGCCGCGGUGAUGGGCGCCUUGCUCAUGCCCCAGGUGACGCGUUUGGAACGCACGUGGCGCCACCUGAGAAGGAGCCACACGGAGGCUGCGCUGGCCUUUGAGCAGGAGCUGAAGCCGCUGAUGCGAUCGCUGAAUGAGGGCGCCGGACCCAGCGAUCCCGGCGAGGUGGCGCUGCCGCACGUGGCACCCGCGGCGCGCCUGCUGGAGGGUGAGGAAGUCCCGGGGCCCUUGGACGAGAGCUGCGAGCGGCUGCUGCGCACUCUGCACCGGGCGCGUCAGACGGCCCGGGACGCACCCAGGUUCCGCGAGGCGGCGGCGCGGCGCCUGCGAGGAUUCCGGCCCAACCCGGAGCUGACAGAGGCCCUGACCACUGGCUUCUUGAGGAGGUUGCUCUGGGGGAGCCGAGGGGCUGGGGCACCAUGGGCCACACGACUCGAGAAGUUCCAACGUGUCCUCAGCGUCCUCUCACAGCGCCUGGAGCCUGACCCUUGAAAGCACAAACCCCUUUCUCAUGCUGGGAUACCCAAGCAUCUGGGGACCCCUGAUGGAGACCUAGGAAGCCACCCAAGUUUCUUCACCCAGCCAAAUGCAGUGGGCACCUGCACCCAGCCGCACAGAAGGAGAGGACCGGUUUGCAAGAACCCACCUUGCACCCUAAAAAGGCAUGUGGAUCCUGGGAGUGGGCAGCUCCUGCCUUACUCUGUACCCCCCGCCCCACCCCUACCUGACAAGUGGUGGACAUGUGUCUCUUAAUGUUAAAGAUAACUUGAAGAUCUCUCUGUAAGAAGCCAGAUUUCAAUGUUUUAAAACCUGUGUGACUUCUAUCAGAUCACUUGACCUCUCUGUGCCCAGUUUUAAUAAAAAAGUGAGACUGUA